AAUGGUCUCCUCCUGCAGGCAGCCCGAGCCUAUGCAGACCAGAAAGCAGCAACUCAGUCUAGCCAGAUGGAUGACCUGCCCUCCUCCAUGCUGCUGAAAGAUUAUCAGAACGUCCCAGGAAUUGACAGGGUUGAUGAUGUUGUGAAAAGACUCUUGUCCCUGGAAAUGGCCAACCAGAAGGAGAAAAUGAAGAUAAAGACUGAGCAGCUGCUAAACAAGAUCACAGAAAACCCAGAAGAUACCACAUCUUUAGAAGCUCGAGUUAUACAAUUGACGGUCAAGAUCAGAAACUAUGAAGAACACAUGCAGAAGCAUCACAAGGACAAGGCUCACAAGCGAUUCCUCCUUAUGACCAUUGACCAGAGAAAGAAGGUACUCAAAAAGCUUUGGCAGACCAACUUUGAGGUGUUUGAGAAGACGUGUAAAGAGCUGGGUAUCGAGUACACAUUUCCCCCUCUGUACUACCGGGCCAAGCACCGACGGUGGAUGGCUAAGAAGGCUUUUUGUAUUAAAGUUUUCCAGGAGGCACAGAAGCUGAAGAAGCAAACAGCAGCACUGAAACGUGAAGGAACAAAGAGGCCAGAAAGUCAGGGAACUUCAGUUUGAUGGCCAGGCUCCAACAAUCCUGUGGCACUUUAUCCAGUCCAAAAAAUAAAUUAAGUUAA